UAUGAUUUGUGAUUGUCCCGGUAAUUUUUUUAAUUUAAAAUACUGUUAUUCUUCUUUUCUUCUAUAAUUUUUAUUUUAUUACCGUCUACAGUUUCUUAAUAAUUUCUUAAUAUGGAAGAACGCGAAGAUGUUGUAGAUAAAAUGAAAGAAAAAUUGGAUGACUGCCGUUUGUGUUUCAGCUCUACCAAUGUUACAGUACACAUAGGGCAGCAUGUUGACAAAAAUACAUCAAUUGUUGAAAAAAUACAAUACUGUACUUCACUAAUCGUGAAAGUAGGUGAUAAUUUUCCUCAAAAUAUUUGUACAACUUGUGCUGAAAACCUAGAAUUUAUCUAUAACUUUAAAAGUAAAGCAAUAGCAUGUGAUCUUGAAUUAUCAAGGAACGUGCACAAGGACAUACAUUUUACUUAUAUUCAAGUUUCAGAUGAUCCAUUAAAUAUUACAUACAAGUUAGACUUGGAAGAACAAGAUUCUUCAGCUGAUUUAUUUGAUAGUUGCUUAUAUAACAUAGUUGACGGUGAUGAACUAACAAUUGAACCUGUCAAUGUUACAAUUGAUAAAAAUAGCAAAACCACUGUGCACAUUGACGAUAAUGCAAGUACAGUAAAAAAAAUAAUGAAUGAUGACAAAAAAAAGGCAGAUGUUAUUGCAAACAAAUCAAAUGGGAAUUUAAACAGUCAUCAAGGUUCAAAAACUAGUAAUAAAAAGAAAAGUACAUCAGUUGAUUUAAAACGAAAUUCAGAUAAAUCGUUGAUUGACAAGGAAAAAUGUAAAUCAAAAAAAAUCAAAAAUGAAAAUGAAAUGGAUAAUGAAAAGCCAUUAGUUAUUGUUAAAAAUGGUAAAGUUGUAUAUAUUUGUGGUGAAUGUAAUUUUGAAGCAGAAUCAAUGAUGUUCCUAGUUAGUCAUCGAGCUCGCUUUCAUUUAGACAUGGGUAGUUUCAAGUGUUCAGAGUGCCUAACUUAUUACAAAACUUCAGGGUUGCUUAAGAGACACACUUCAAUGCAUCAUAAUGUUACCCAUAUUUGUAAAUAUUGUGAGAAAAGAUUUUCAAACAAACUAAGUCUUGAUCGUCAUGCCAAUUGCCAUCAUAAUGAAACUCCAUUAGAGUUUCAAUGUGUCACAUGCAAUGCUUAUUUUGAUACCAUGGACAAAAUGGAAGACCAUUUGGUUGUACAUUAUACAAGUCCUUCGAGUACAUUUAGCUGUAAUCAUUGUGAUCGUAUGUUCACAACGUACGCAGCAAAAAACAAACAUAUUGAUGUUGAGCACAUGAUUGAAAUUGAGUGUGGCAUUUGCCAUGUUGUUUUACCGACUAAAGAAGCUAUGGAUAAACAUAAUAAUUCUGUACACCAACCUAAAAAAAAGGAAAACAAAAUGUAUGAGUGCACUACGUGUGGAAAAUAUUUUUCUGGUAUCAAAGAAGUUUUAAGUCAUCGAGAAACUCAUUUAUCCAAAAAUGUAUAGUUAGAGCUUUUGUAUAGUUUUUUUUUUAAUAUGCCAUGACUGAAUUUAUAUUUAUUUUACAUUUCUUUCUUUAUUUUCUAUAUUCAUUUUGAAUUUUAAUAUUAUUUUAGUUACUGACUGCCUUUCAAUCAGUAUAAAAUGUAUUCAUUAGUGUUUAUUACAAAUGUGAGCAUUAUAUUAGAUAUCUUUGUUUUAUAAUAUUAUUUUAACUAUUAUUUUAACUAUCAAAGCCGAAUAAAGGUUUUAAUGGCAAUUCAUAGUUAAAACCUAGGUAACAUUAAUUUUAAAAAUAUUAUUACAGAUGUGUUAAAUAAAUUGUAUGCAAUAAAAUUUACCAAUAAGGUAAAGUAAAAAAAAUAU